AUGGGUAGGCGCAUGCCAGCCAGCACCAAAUCUUCAAAACCACUCAAGGCAAAUCGCCCUCAUCCCUAUACCCCAUAUCCUACUCCAGCAUCUUCUGCUCUUCCCAUGCAGCCUCAGCAACGAACCUUUGAUCCGCAUCAGGACUUCCACCUUCCGUAUCCUCGUCCUUCUCGGUCCUCAACUUCACAUUUACAACAAAACCAGGCACCUCUCCCAAGAUCACCGAACACAUACAGAGCACAUUCCAUGUCUGAUAUCCGCGAGACUUCUGGCUACUACUACGAGGCCGAGCAACGGAGGAGAAUUCAGCUAGACCUAGAGAGGAUGCGGAUCGAGGCUUACGGAUUAGCGGCCGCAAGGUCUUCAUCCUCCUCCUCUAGAGCACACCCACAGCCUAUCGUCAGAGCUCCGUCUACAAGGGGCACGUACAACUCGACAUUAGCACGAAGUGCCUCCACACCUCGCGUAGUAUCAAAUUCUUAUGAUGGACAUGCGAGACAGAACAGUCCCCACGAGCGAGCCAUGUCCAUGAUCCGCGAAUCCUCCGGCACGCAUCUGUAGUGAUAUGCUGGAUCUAGCUUGGUCUUAGUCUUGUCUUUUACAUUACCAUAGUCAUGUAAUACACC